AAGAUCUUCUGGCCGGACACCCCUGUGGACGACAGCUCCAAUACCCGAUUUCUACACUUCCCGUUCGUAAAGCCAAAUUGGCGGUUUCCGGGAGAUGAAUAACGCACAAUUCCGUAAACUCCUCGAAACGCCCCGCCCUGCAAACGCAUCCGGCCAAAAUGGGCCCUCCGCGACUCCGGCGUUGGGUUCUAAGCUGCGGUCUUCAAUCCCGAUGACUCCGUAUGCACCCUCCCCCUUUCUUCUCCUAUUCACAGGAUAAGCUAAUUGAAUUAAUGCGCAAAUCAAUAGACGAAGCGUCCUCGGCGGCUCAUCAACACAAUCCGAAUUCGCCCGACAGCUAGCAGCAAAUAAUGCCUCCGAGCAAAAGGCAAAAAAGUUCCGCUCCUCAGCUGCGCCCCUCGGCGCACGGUUACCCGAAGGCUAUGUUGACCGGACGAAGGAAAGAGAAGACAACGGCGGCGACGAGAGGGGCCGGCGAUUAGUGGCGCUGGAGGAACUCUACAAAGAGGGUGGGAUAGAGCAUGAAGAGUACGUUCGGCAGACAAAGUUACUGGGCGGGGAUGUGUCGAGUACGCAUCUUGUUAAGGGGUUGGAUUUCAAGCUUUUGGAGAAAGUGCGCAGGGGUGAGGACGUCAUGCGUGUGAUCAGGGAUAAUGGAGGCGAUGAGGGGGAAGGGGGGCUGGAUAGUGAGGAUGAGGAGGACGUUCUGGAUAGAGUACUCGGGAAUGAUAUUGUUCUCGAGAAGAAAGAAGAGAAGAAAAAGAAGGGUAAUUUGGCGCCGAAGACCCGCGCGGAGAUACUGGCGGAAUUGAAGAGGAGCAGGGAGGCUGCGAAGCCGGUUUCUGUGCUUGGUUCGAAGUUCAAGAAGAUCGGUGUGAAGGAGGAGAAGAAGGAGGAAGAUGGGGUGAGGGUUAAAUAUGUCACAGGUGCGGACGGGGUGGUCAAGAAGAUGGUCAAGAAGGAUAAGAAGAAGCGUGAUGAACCGGGACAAGUUUCUACGAGGGUUAUGGGGAUGGUGCCCCCACCGCCAAUGCUCGGAAAGACAGAGAAGCAGGCAGAAGAGGAAGAUGAAGAAAUCGAUAUAUUCGAAGGAGCAGGAACGGAAUAUAAUCCUCUAGCAGGCCUGGAUGACGAUGACUCCUCAUCUUCAUCUUUAGAAGAAGAAGGCGAAGAAGGAGAAAUCCAUCCGACCAAGAAAAAAAAAUCUGAAAAGCCGCUAGAAUCUUCUUCAAAAUCCUCCCCUCUACCUAUAUCCCCUUCACCACCUUCUUCAAUGCCACCACCACCACCACCACCACCAUCCGCGCCUAAGCCGAAGGUGAACUACUUCAACGAGUCAACCGCUUCCUCCUCCCCCUCUUCAGAUAUGUACAAACCCCCAUCCUCAGCCUCAGCCCUCCUAUCUUCCAACCCCGAACUCGCGGCAGCACUAGCCAAAGCCUCGACUCUAAAAGCCUUCUCCACGCCCUCCGAAGACGAAGCCGGGAGGCGCCGGAAGGCUCUCCUGGAGGCUGCGGACAGAGACGCUUUCGACGUCGACUUUGGGUUCGGCGGGAGUAGGGAUUUCGGGGAUGAGGAUGACGACGACGGGACUGUUGCUAAAAGUAGUGGUGGCAAGAAGCGGAAGCGAGGAGGGAAGCCGAAGAAGGGAGAUAAGAAUGAUGCAGGGGUUGUCGGGAAGAUUGUGGAGGAGCGGUAUGGAAGUGGGUCGAGGAAAUAGAGUCGGGGGGUGCCAUGAAUGUAUUUUUAAAUUUGCAUGUAGGUAAUGGUGAGUCACCGGUAGAUAGAUAGUCUACAUACGAAUAUCAACCUGCGGCUUGAUGUCAAGACCCUUUGGUGUUGGCGAA